UAAUAAUUUGCUUGAUCGAGUCUGAUUUACCGUCACUAUAAGAUAAAAGUAUUCAACUGUAUAUGAAAUCGUGAGUGUCAUAAAAAAAUCUUGCAUUUUGAUUUGAGAACUGAUUGAUCAAAUGGAAGAAACUGUAUUGCUAUAUACAAUCUUGACAAUUUUAUUUCUUCUUCUUACAUUGAAGUUGUUAACUACAAAAAAACAAUGGAAAAACAACCUCCCGCCAAGUCCGCCUUCUUUCCCGAUCAUCGGCCAUCUCCACCUCCUAAAGCAACCAAUCCAGCGAACUCUCGAAAACCUCUCAAAGAAAUACGGUCCGAUCAUCAGUCUCCGAUUUGGGAGCCGUCAAGUAAUCCUCGUAUCAUCACCUUCGGCAGUUGAAGAAUGCUUCACCAAGAGCAACGAUCGUAUUUUGGCUAAUCGUCCACAUUUCUUGAUGGGCAAGUAUUCGAAUUACAACAAUACGACGCUAGUCACCGCGAACUACGGUGAUCACUGGCGUAAUCUCCGCCGCAUAAGCGCGGUUGAAAUCUUUUCAUCUACUCGUCUGAAUAAUUUUGAAACUGUUCGUAAAGACGAAGUCAACUCACUACUUCGUAAAAUUUAUAAAAUUUCGUCUCGUGGUUUCGCUAAGGUCAAUCUCAGGUCAAUGUUUUUUGAUCUAACUGUUAAUAUAAUGAUGAGAAUGAUUGCAGGAAAGAGGUGCGAAGAAGACGAAGAAACGGGGUUGAAGAUAAGGGAGAUAGUUGUAGAGUUCUUCGGGUAUACCGAGAUGACUCAUGUUGGAGAUCUGUUUCCAAGUUUUGAAUGGUUUGAUUAUAACGGAUUUAUAAAGAAGAUAAUUGGAUUUAGUGGAAAAUUGGAUUUGUUUCUACAAGGAUUGAUUGAUGAACAUCGGAUGGAUCAAGAUAGAAAUAGCAUGAUUAAUCAUUUGCUUGCUUUGCAGGAAUUGCAGCCAGAUUACUAUUCAGAUGAAAUCAUUAAAGGCCUUGUUCUGGUUAUGUUGGUUGGAGGAAUAGAUACCACAGCUGUAGCAUUAGAAUGGGCCAUCACAAAUUUGCUCAACAAUUCAAAUGUCUUGAAGAAAGCCUAUGAUGAAAUCAAUGAUAAAAUCGGCGAGGAAAGGUUAAUAAAUGAAUCAGACUUAACAGAGCUAAAGUAUCUCCAGAGUAUCAUAUACGAGAAUCUUAGAUUAUGUCCGGUCGCCCCACUCUUGAUUCCGCACGUGGCAUCCAAUGAUUGUACUGUAGGAGGGUUUCAUGUGCCUGCUAAUUCAAUGGUAAUAGUAAAUAUGUGGGAAAUUCAAAGAGAUCCAAAUCUAUGGGAUGAUCCGACAUGUUUUAAACCCGAGAGAUUUGAGAAUGGGAAAGUCGAUGGAUUCAAGUUAUUGCCAUUCGGGUUUGGAAGGCGAUCUUGCCCCGGAGAAGGCUUAGCUAAUAAAGAAAUGGGUUUGGCUUUGGGUUCGCUAAUUCAAUGCUUUGAAUGGGAGAGAAUUGGUGGUAAAGAGAUCGAUAUGACUGAAAAAACAACGGCUACUAUGUCUAAAGUUGAGCCUUUAGAGGUUCUGUGUAAAGCUCGCCCAAUUCUACACGAAUUACUAUCUUAAGGGUCGUGUUAAUGCAAUAUAAAACUUGACGUCUAAAUUUUAAUUCGUUUCGUGUUGGUGAUAAAUUUUAAUUUUGUUUCUGUAAGAAAGAUUUUGAUUAUCAAAAUUAAAUUUAUUUCAACUUUUA